AUGGGUACAAAAGAGGGACAUGAGCCGUCUGACAUCGUUGACCCGGAUGUCACCAUCGCUGCAGAGGCAUUGAACCCAGAGAAUUCAUUUGGCAUCCACAGGAGAGGAGCAGUGAUGAGGGGACUUAAUCUGAAGCCCUCACGGGUUUUCCAGACAGCGUCUCUCCUCUUGGAGUCGCAAAGCAUAAGUCAAGCGCCGCCAUGGUUCAAGACUAUCGGAUCAAUUCCACCAGGAGAGAUAAUGACUCGAACCCAACCUGUCCAGCAUCGGGAUUCCAAUCGCAAAUCUCGAACACGCAAGCCGAGCAAGAUGUUUAAACCACAAUUGAUCGAGUAUGAAGAGGAUCGAUUACGACGGGAAUUUUAUCGCGAUCACCCCUGGGAAUUAGCAAGACCGAGGAUUGUACUGGAGAACGACGGGAAGGACGCGCAGAAGUGUGAUUGGAGCAGGAUACAACAACCUGGAAGACCCCUAACUGGUGAGAGUGUCAUACAAAGACAGCUUUGGUUACUAAACAACGUGCCUGGUAUGAGCAAUGCCCAAGCAUAUGAUGUUGCGCGAAGGGAAUUUUAUGCGUUGAGGCACGAGGAAGAGGUUGAACGGCGGAUAGCACGAGAAGAGGCAUCGUGGACUGGAGCGUACUUUGGAAAGAGCGCCAUAGAUGUUGGCAUGGAGCUGGAAGACAAAACGUAUGAGUCUUGGAAGGCAUGGGCCACAAGGGAAGCGGAGGCCAUUGACUUGCAGAGGAAUGCUGCCUACACUGGCUUAGGAACCGGCAGCGAGGAAGAAGAGGUAGAGACGGAAGUGGACGCUGCCGAAGAGCCAGCACUGCCAUGA